AUGGCAUCAACACAUCUCACUCUCAUCCCUUCCAAUCCUCAAUCAACAAUCAUGCAAUCCAGCAUCGUCCUCGUUUGUGCCGUCGCCGUCGUCUUCGUUCAACAGAUCUCAACCACUUGCACCAUCAUGGCUCCAAAUGUGCUCAAGUCAUCGCUCAAGAACGGAUCAACUGGACCCGACCUUGGCCUUGGCUGCCCGAGUGGUGGAGUGUGCUUCAACCUGGACGGGACCGAUCAGUGCUUUGAGUGCAAGGACACCUCGAUCAAUUGUGCCUCGUGGAACACGAAUGGCAUCUGUGCCUCCUCGUUCUACACCGAGCAGUACAAGAAGUCGUAUUGCCCGAAAACGUGUGGAUACUGCACUGGUGUUGCAAAA